GGCAACUCUAAAUAUAAAGCUUUUUUCUGAGCUUUCACAGAGAAGAGAGAGAGAGAGAUCAAGAGAGAGGGAUGAGGAAGGUGGUGUGUGUAACAGGAGCCUCUGGUUACAUAGCAGCAUGGCUGGUGAAGCUCUUACUGGAACGAGGUUAUAUUGUCAAAGCCACUGUGCGUGAACCAAAUGAUUCAAAGAAAACAGAACACCUGCUCUCACUUGAUGGAGCAAAAGAAAGGCUUCAAUUGUUCAAAGCAAAUUUAUUAGAAGAAGGAUCUUUCGACGCUGCAGUCGAUGGAUGUGAAGGUGUUUUUCAUACAGCAUCACCUGUACAAUUUUCAGCCACUGAUCCGCAGGCAGAACUAAUUGACCCUGCAGUGAAGGGAACACUCAAUGUUCUAAAAUCGUGCGUAAAGUUUACUACUGUCAAGAGAGUGGUUUUAACAUCUUCUAUGGCUGCAGUCAUAGUGAAUGGAAGACCUUUGAACCCUGAUGUGGUAGUUGACGAAACAUGGUAUUCGGAUCAAGCUGUUUGUGCGCAGUUGAAGGAAUGGUAUUUUCUUUCAAAAACUAUAGCUGAGGAGGCUGCUUGGAAAUUUUCCAAAGAAAAUGGGAUUAACUUGGUUACAAUAAACCCAUCAUAUGUGAUUGGUCCGCUCCUACAGCCAACUCUUAAUCUCACUGUGAAGAUGAUUCUAAAUCUCAAAAAUGGUACACUUCCACAACCGGAUUUUUUUCUCUCUUUCUUGGGUUAUGGUGAUGUUAGAGAUGUUGCCUUUGCUCAUGUUCAAGCAUUUGAAGUCCCUUCGGCUAGUGGCAGAUAUUGUUUCGUUGGUCAUGUUACACCCGUGUCCAAGGUUCUGAAUAUUUUACAUGAACUCCAUCCCACUUUUUUCCCAAAAUGUGAGGAUGACAAACCUUGUGAACCAGGCUUUCAAAUAUCAAAGCAAAAAGCAAAAAGUUUAGGAGUUGAUUUUCUUCCAUUGGAAGUAAGUCUUAGGGACACUAUUGAAAGCCUCAAAGAGAAGGGCUUCCUCCAGCUUUGAAUUCAAGUGUUUGUUUCUGCACUCUCUCAGGAAACGUUGGACAUUAUAUUGUUCAUGUUCGGAUUUUCUAAAUUUAUCCGCAAAGGCGCAUGAAUGUUCAAACGUUGUUUCAACUCCUGAUGGCUCGAUUUAAGAAAGGUUGUUUAAUUAUGUGAAGUUUUUUUUUACUUUAUACAAGCGAUACUGGGGGAAUGAAUUAUCGAACUC